UCUCUCUUUCUCUGUGUUUCUAUUUAAACACUCGCGUGGUCGACCAAUCUCCGAAGAAUAAAGAUUUCCACUUGCUCUCUUUCUCUCUAUUCGCCCAAUUUGACUCUCUCAAAAUUCUUAUCUUCCUUUGGGCUUUUUAUUCUUCGGUCGAUUCACCAAAACCCCUUUAUAUAUAACCAAUCAACACAUACAAACACACCUAAAGAAGACAACUACUUUCUCUACUCUUUCGCCACCACUCUCCGGCGAUAUCAAAAGAGAUAUUACAGAGAGAAGCAGACUCUGUUUUACAUCUUUUUGAUGAAGUUAAGCUAUUGCAGCCAUUGGAAUAGUCAGCUUGAAGACGAGUAAUAUGUCAAAUAUACCAGAUUUUCUCUCUGAAGGCUGCUUAACUCUCUUUCGUCUUACCAUGUCCGAAGCUGAUCCUUGGCCAUUUUCUUGAGACAACAGACUAUUCCACCAAAAACUCAUUAUUUUUUCACCCAACAGAUUGUAAAACCAAAACAAUAUCACCCAUCUCUUCCUUUCUAGCCUUCUCUGUUUUUUUUUUCUUUUUCACUCUCGAAAUAAAAGUUAUGGCGAAAAUACGCGGCUUCAAGCUCGGGAAACGAUUUUUUCGUGUCACAAGAUGGGUCCUCCGGAAAACCCGUAUUCGAACCGGGUACCAGCGAUUGAGCUUGGCUUCGUCAACUUACAAGUCCAAGCCCAUUUCGAAACUCAUCAAUUGGGGUCGUCGCCUCACGAAAGGAGCUAAAUCUCUUUGUAGCUCCAAACCCGGGUCGGAUUAUGUUCAGUUGGGUCACGAACCGUUUUUGAAGAAACAAACGGAGGUUCCGAAGGGCCACCUGGCGGUUUACGUGCGCCAAGAAGACGGAGACUUUAGCAGAGUAUUGGUUCCUGUGAUUUACUUUAACCAUCCCCUGUUUGGCCAGCUUUUGAGAGAGGCAGAGAAAGAGUAUGGGUUUCAACACGACGGUGGAAUCACCAUCCCUUGUCGGAUCUCCGAGUUCGAGCAAGUCAAAACCCGGAUCGCCGCCGGCUCUGGUGGCCGGAAGCUUACGUGGAAGCGCCAUUAUUGAUCGUGGUUUUUACUCAAAUGGCCGUGACGAUGAAUGAAUGAUAGUUACCAUUAGAAUUCUCUAUUGAUGAUGAUGAUGAUGAAAAUGAUGUUUAUAAUUUUUGAUUAGUUAGUGGAUUUUCUUUUUAAUAUAUAUCUAUUUUAACUUUUUUUUUACCUUUAUAAUACUUGCCGUAUUGGAUUUUUAGAUGUAUAUAUAGUUAAAAAAGAAAAAUGAUAUAUGUUUUCACUGGUUGAUUAUGAUAGUCAUUAUAUAUGUUUAAGAUAAUAUUAGUGAUGUAAUUAGCUGUUUUUCUUAUGACAAGGACGAUGAUUAUCUUUAAUAUGUUAAUCAUUCAUAA